UGACCUACUUCCGCUUGGGUACAGUGAACUGCGAUUUACGCAUACACCUCCACUACUGAGUUUAAAGUAUUUGUUCGGCAAUGGCAGACAAAAUCGAUCUCUACAAGGUACCAAUCAGACCCAUAAAGUCAGGUCUGAACAAAUACAACAUCGAAAUCAAGGAGAAUCACGGGCUUAACGAAAAAACUGGAUUCUGGUGGCUUGUGUUUACGUUUGACUUUGCCCUCGAAAAGGGAAUUGAGGUUCGCUUAAAUAACUUUAAGUAUAGUGGAAGUGCCACCUGGACGAUGGAAAUUGUCAGAUGUCUUUACCUGGGAAUAACAUGCAAAGACGAAAUGGAUUCCUUCGACAUGGUGGAUGAGCUGGCAAAUAGUUAUGAGCUUCGUCGAUUAAACGACAGCGUUGGAAACCCAGAGAGGCUUCGUAAGUACCUUGAAGAUAACAUCGUGCCUCUGGUGACUAGAAAGAUCAAAUACACGAGAUUUAGCCCCCAAUUCAGCUUCUUUUUAAGCCACAAAUCGAAGCACAAGCCGCUAAUGGAAACUUUCCGUAAUGGGCUCAAAUUUCUUGGUUACAAAACAUGGCUUGACAAAGAUGACAUACCGUUGGCCUCUGAUUUGCAAGGAGCAUUGAAAGUUGCCGUCGAUGAAUGCGAUUGUAUCCUAGUCUGGCUCAAUGAGGAAUACUUUCAGAGUGAUUACUGCAAGGCGGAACUGUUGUAUGCGAAUCAAAUUGGAAAAAUUAUUCUACCAUUUGGCGAUUACCGCAAAAUCCUAGGUCAUUUGAAGGAAGAAUUUGAAUUUCUGGCCAAUCGUCUCAUUUUUGAUACUUCAAAGUCUUCCUUCUUUGAGGUGCUACGACGCAUCGAUAAUGCUUUGUUUGAGUUCGAAAAGCUGACGAUCUAGAUUGAAGACAUCUUAAUUCAAAGCAAAUCAUCCUGACCAUGCAUUUGGAAGACGAAUUGAAAAACACACUCAGCAGAUGUUAUAUUUUUGCUUCUUAUGUGUUAUUUCUAUGCCUCGGUAGCAAAAACAAUUUUGAAGAUGGCGUUCGUUUAGCUGGCUAGUGAUUUGAAUAUUACCCAGUCAAUUUAACAGUAUUAAAACGAUACGUAGAUGUUAUAUUUUUGCUUCUUAUAUAUUUUUUUCUAUGCCUCGUCAGCAAGACAUAUUUUGAAGAUGGCGUUCAUUUAGCUGGCUAGUGAUUCGAAUAUCACUCAGGCAAUUUAACAGCUCUGAAACGAUACGGAACAAAAGAGCACGUAAACUUAAAGAGUUGACAAUCAUGUAAGAGUUUAGCCUUAAAAAGGUAUUCUUUGCUUCUUUGGCACUUCCAGGUUUUGCCUUAACUGUGUUUAUGACAUUAAAAGAGAGGGAUAAGGGCUUAAACUGGCGUUAGGAUAACAGCGAAAUUAGUUAUUUCGUCGCAAGCAUUUCGUGAAGCCACUAAGUGCGUCGAAUGGUAUCACAAUCGACCCUACUAACGCCAGUAACGCAACGACUACAUUUACGCCGGUAAACAAGGUUAUUAUAAGAUGCAAUGGCUUAGCGGCUACUUUUUCGUUGGUGAAAUUCUAAGAUAGGCAGGAACGUAAUGACUUAGCGGCCAUCGUAUUGAAUUACGUUACAUAGCGUUACUACUCUCUUAAGCAAAGGUAAAAUAACUGAUUACGAGUAUUGUACAGUAAAUUUAUUAUCCAAUUGUGCUUCGUAGAGUACAAAUAAUGCGCGAGACGAGUACAAAUAUCACGCGAUAUUUGUA